ACGCGGCAGCAGGCAACGUUAGUCAACGCCAAAAAUUUUAAAGAGGUCUGCGGGAAGGAAAAUUCUUUCCUCUUUUGUGUGUAUACAAUUGGGGAUAUCACCAUCGGCCUGCCUGCUCUGCUUUUUCUACUGUAACAGCGAACGAACACGAAGAAUCUUCUUAUCUAUCUAUCUAUCUAUCUUCUUUUCUGAUUCUUGUCCUCUGUCCAGUUGUUUGCUUUUAAAUUUUUAGUUCUAUUUAUGUUUAUAUCUUUUCUUACGCGUAAAUCAAUUCAUUAGUCAAUCUAAGAGAAAGAUUUGAUUGGGGAUAAGAUUACUAUUCGCUCGUAUUACUUAUAAAUAUACGAAGAAGGAAAUUGGUGAUCGAUCGGAGGGAAAAUGGUGAGAGAGACGGAAUAUUACGACGUGCUUGGGGUCAGCCCCACCGCCACCGAGGCGGAGAUCAAGAAGGCUUAUUACAUCAAGGCCCGACAGGUUCAUCCAGAUAAGAAUCCCAAUGAUCCUCUUGCUGCACAAAAUUUUCAGGCGUUGGGAGAGGCAUACCAAGUAUUGAGUGAUCCUGCCCAACGGCAAGCAUACGAUGCAUAUGGGAAAUCUGGAAUCUCAACAGAAGCAAUUAUUGAUCCUGCAGCAAUUUUUGCAAUGCUUUUUGGUAGUGAGCUUUUUGAGGACUACAUAGGACAGCUUGCGAUGGCAUCAAUGGCUUCAUUAGACAUUUUCACAGAGGGAGAACAAUUUGAUACAAAAAAGUUGCAAGAGAAGAUGAGGGUUGUUCAGAAGGAGAGAGAAGAAAAGCUUGCGCAGAUACUGAAAGAUCGACUUAACCAGUAUGUACAAGGGAACAAAGAGGAAUUUAUUAAUCAUGCUGAAGCUGAAGUAACUAAGCUAUCAAAUGCAGCAUAUGGUGUUGAUAUGUUGAAUACAAUUGGCUAUAUCUAUGCAAGACAAGCAGCCAAAGAGCUUGGAAAAAAAGCAAUAUAUCUGGGUGUGCCAUUCGUCGCUGAAUGGUUUAGAAACAAAGGCCACUUCAUUAAAUCGCAAGUAACUGCAGCAACAGGUGCCAUUGCACUGAUCCAGCUACAGGAGGACAUGAAGAAGCAGCUCAGUGCAGAGGGAAACUAUACUGAGGAAGAGCUUGAAGAAUACAUGCAAUCACACAAGAAGCUGAUGAUUGAUUCCUUGUGGAAACUCAAUGUUGCUGAUAUUGAGGCCACACUUUCCCGUGUUUGUCAGAUGGUUCUUCAAGACAACAAUGUCAAGAAAGAAGAGUUACGUGCGCGAGCUAAGGGGUUGAAAACUCUUGGUAAAAUCUUCCAGAGGGUGAAGUCAUCUAAUGGAAGUGAGAGUGACACUGCACUAGAUGGUGCUGUGCAUAAACUGAAUGGAAGUGCACCAAGUCAUGAUGCAACUUGUCCCAGCACAUCACCAAAAUCUAGAAGUCUUGAAGAGCCAUCUUAUGGUACAUUGGCAUCACAGAGCCCCUAUGUGGAGGCUCCACACUUUGAUGGCACUCAGUUCAAUUUCCCAAGGCCAACAGCACCACCUGGUGCGCCAAAACAUUUGACUGGUGGUGACUGAUGAUGGAGAAGCGUGAGCCAUUGCUUGAUAGCUUGUAUAUGUGUCGUAAUGGCUUGCAUCAUGGAAGAGUGUUGGAUUUCAUUUGUUGAAUUUGUAUGAGUGGAUGAUCUGGAAAACACAUCCCACCUCCAUGUUAGCAGGGAUUUGAAUGAUGUAUGUAUGAAAGACAACUAUUUGUACACAGAGGGAGAUGAUUGUAAUGCUAUUUUUUUUCCAGUCUCUAGAUGGCUGCUGUGGGCUUCCUUCCUCGUAUUAUGCUGUAGUUUGUCUGUUUUGGUUUGACAUGAUAGGUUCUCGUUUUUUGGCUAGAUAUUUGUUCCUUGGUUAUCUUAUGUAUUAUUAAUGCUAUUUAAGGAGACAUGAGUGUACUCGACUCUUUAAUUUAGUUGGGUUAUGGAGCCAGUAAUGUUGUGCUCUA